GUGACUUUCUUGAACAUGGUAUAUACAAAAAUUAUGUUUUUAAAAAGGCAGUAGAAAUAUGGAAACAGUUAGAUGAUGGUCAAAUAAGCUGGUAUUUGGGAAAAAGACAGGUUAAGUUAAGCAUUGACCAACUAGAGUUAAUGAUACAAAUGCAUUCAUAUUUAGUAGAGAAUGUCAAAUCAGAACUUAAUCAUAUUGACCAAACUCUUCGUCAAGAAGAUUUUUUAUCGAUUUUCAAUAAAAUCACAAGUUCUAUGAAUAAUGGUACUGAUUUAUUUAAUGAUGAUUCUGCUUCUUUUUCAGAAGAAGUUGAUGGAAAUAUCGAGGAAGACAUAGAAGAAGAUAUGGAAGAAGACAUGGAAGAGCCCUCCGAAGAAGAUUCUGUUGGCAAAAACUUGUUAACUUUAGAAAUUGAAAAUUUUAUAUCUUUAUCUUCGAAGCUGAAGUCCAACAAAUUACUAACUGAAGAUAUUGUGCAUGGAAAUAGAGAUUUUGAUGUAAAUGAUUUGAUAAAUAGUUUAGACUGA